UUGAACCCCAAGUUAAAUUACACCGCCGCGCCGUCACCCUCUUUCUCUCUUUUCUGCCGUCACUCUAGCCCUAAUACCAGUCGAUUUUGAGAAUUGAGAAUGACCGUUGAUACUAUAGUGAAAAAUCAAUCUGGUGAGAAGAACAAGAAGGAAGAGACCGGUUUGAAGCUCGCCAAUCGGAAGGACGAAAACUUCGGAGACUGGUAUUCUGAGGUUGUCGUUAGUGCGGAAUUGAUUGAGCACUAUGAUAUUUCUGGUUUAUAUAUUCUGAGACCUUCGGCAGUAGAAAUAUGGGAGACUUUGCAAGCUUUUUUUGACCCAGAAAUAAAGAAAAUGAAUGUCAAGAACUGCUAUUUCCCUAUGUUUGUGCUGGAAAGUCAUUUGAAAAAGCAGAAGGACCACUAUGACAGUUUUUCUCAAGAGGUUGCUUUGGUGACAAAAUCCGGUGAAUCUACCAUGGACAUUCCUCUUGCUAUUCGACCAAGUAGUGAAACUAUCAUGUAUCCCUACUACUCUAAGUGGAUAAGGGGGCAUCGCGACUUGCCUUUGAAACUUAAUCAAUGGUGCAAUGUUGUUAGAUGGGUAAUCGGAGAUCCCACACCAUUCAUCAGGAGUCGCGAGUUUCUUUGGCAAGAAGGGCAUAGUGCUUUUGCAACAGAGGCUGAAGCACAUGCGGAGGCUCUUGAAAUAUUGGAAUUAUAUAGGCGGAUAUACGAAGAGUAUUUGGCAGUUCCUGUCAUAAAGGGUACAAAAAGUGAAGUUGAUACAUUUGGCGGUGCAGUUUCCACUAACACUGUUGAGGUAUUUAUUCCAAACACUGGUCGUGGGAUACAAGGUGCAACUGCCCAUUGUUUGGGGCAAAAGUUUGCUGAAAAGUUUGAGGUAAACUUUGAAGAUGACAAGAGAGAGAAAACAAUGGUUUGGCAGAACUCAUGGGGCUAUUCUACUAGAACGAUCGGAACAAUGGUGAUGGUUCAUGGUGAUGACAAGGGAUUGGUGCUACCACCUAAAGUAGCUUCAAUUCAAGUCAUUGUGAUACCAGUGCCUUACAAAGAUGCUGAUACUCUAGGAACCAACGAUGCUUGCGAGUUAACUGUGAAAAUGUUGUGUGAAUCAAAAAUUCGUGCUGAGUUAGAUUCUAGAGAUAACUAUUCCCCUGAAAGGAAGUAUUCUGAAUGGGAAAUGAAAGGUGUUCCUCUAAGAAUUGAAAUUGGGCCAAAUGAUUUAGCAAAUAAGCAGGUUUCUGUUGUUCGACGUGAUAAUGGAGCUAAGAUGGACAUUGCUAAUGCUGAUUUGGUUGAAGAAAUAAAAAAGUUGCUGAUUAACAUUCAACAGAAUAUGUUUAAUGUUGCAAAGCAAAAACGAGAUGAAUGUAUUCAAGUCGUACAUACAUGGGAUGAGUUUGUAGAAGCUUUGAAUCAAAGAAAGAUGAUCUUAGCUCCUUGGUGUGAUGAAAAGGUGAUGGAAUUAGAUGUCAAAGAAAGGACAGAGAGCGAAAUUGGAGCCGUUCAAAUUUUAUGUAGUCCCUUUGAUCAGCCAGAACUAUUAGAAGGCACCAAGUGCUUUGCAUCAGAUAAGCAUGCAAAGAAGUGGACUUAUUGGGGCAGAAGUUACUAGGCAAUUGGGUACUAGAGUUGAUAAAAGAAUAGAAACUGUUUGAGUUUGUGAUGGUUUUAUAUUAAGUUUUAAAUAAUACUAGUAAGUAAAUAGCUUUAACUUUAUGUAUAAAACUCUUAGUUUUAUUUUUAAAGUGCUUUAGGAUGAAAAGCAAGUUGACUGGAAAA